GCGAGGAGAGCCUGUCACGGAGCCGCUGCUCAGCGUGUUUACGAUGCUGUGCUGUUUGCAACAUGUCCAUCACAUGUGACAUUACUGAAUUAUACUGACCUCACAGCAUCCCAAAAUGUUGGCUCACCAAGGGUUUCCAUGGUUAUCUGCUUCUGACUCAUAAAAGCUUUAAAGAAAAUGGACCUCAGAGAUUCGGUGUCUUGUGAGUUUGAAGCCCAUUUUUUGACAGACCCAGGAGGGAAACACAGUGCUGUUGACUUUUUCCAAGGUGGUGCUACAGGUUCCUUUCCAGGCCUUCCAGCUGAACCUUCCAGUUCUUUCCACUGUCCCCAGAGCAAUAGAACAGACAUGUUCCAGGCAUCUGUAUCAUUCAAGGACGUGACUGUGGAGUUCACCCAGGAUGAGUGGCGGUACAUGGACCCUGGGCAGAGGGCCCUGUACAGAGACGUGAUGCUGGAGAACUGGAGUCACCUGGUCUCAGUGGGAUAUUGCUUAAUAAAGCCAAAAGUGAUCUUCAGGUUGGAGCAAGGAAAAGAUCCAUGGCUAUCAGAGGAUGACUUUCUGAAGAGGAAUUACCCAGGUAUUCACACAGAAAAAAGUUAUUCUGAACUUAAGGAAGAUGAACAUAGUAAAAUUUGGAACAGUUUCAGUCAAGUUACUCAACUUCAGACAGCUGAU